UAUUUAUAACGGUGAUAUCCAUGCCAGUUCUCCACUCACUAUAUUCAACUCAUAAACCCUCUUUCUCUUUCUUUCAACAAAAAAAUGGUGAAGAAACCAAUGGAGUACUUGAAGUAUAUAGUUUUCAUUAUUUCUUUCCUUGGAAUAAUAUGUAGUGGAAGUGCUGAUCAAGUUAGAGCUAAUGAGGCUGGUGAUCUUCAAGUGUACGUUGUGUAUAUGGGUGAGAAAACCCCAAACAUGCAAGUUGAAAGUGUUAAUACAACUUCCUCAUACCAACAUGAGGUUUUGUCUUCCAUCCUUGGAAGUACUCAGUAGCAAGGGCAGCGAUGGUUUAUACAUACAACCAAGGUUUUUAUGGAUUUGCGGCAAAGUUGACGAAAGCACAAGCUAAGAGAAUUUCAGAUUUACCGGCAGUAGUAAAAGUAUUUGAAGAUACUGUUUACCAAGUGAAAACUACAAACAGCUGGGAUUUUCUUGGACUUCCCUCACCAGUAUCCAAUGAUGCCUCGUCGUACUCAGACCUCCUAUCUAAGACCAACAUGGGCGAGGAUGUCAUAAUUGGCGUGCUAGAUACAGGUGUAUGGCCGGAAUCAAAAAGUUUCCAAUAUGACGAAGAUGCCAUAGGACCAAUUCCAUCGAGGUGGAAAGGAUUUUGUGACUCUGGACCACAGUUUGAUCCCAAAACUUGUAACCGGAAAUUGAUUGGUGCAAGAUUUUAUGGUGGUAAAAACUCUUUCAUCAGAGAAAUUUUAUCACCAAUAGAUGCAGAUGGUCAUGGAACUCAUGUAGCUGCGACUGCCGCCGGUUAUUUCAUCAAAAAUGCAAGUUUUAAGGGUGUGCUUGCACCUGGUAUAGCACGAGGAGGUGCACCAAAAGCUAGAAUCGCAGUGUACAAAGUUUGUUGGACAUUUGGUUGCCAGUUAAGUGAUAUAUUGAUGGGGUUUGACCAAGCAAUUAGCGAUGGUGUAGAUGUGAUCUCCAUUUCGGUUGGUGGAAAAGCACCGUUCACAAUCUUAGGAGAGGAUGAUGUUAUUGGGCUAGGUUCAUUCCAUGCUGUUUCCAAAGGAAUCCCUGUUGUUGCUGCUUGCGGAAAUGAUGGCCCAUAUGCUCAAACGGUUGGCCAUGUAGCUCCGUGGAUCGUUUCGGUUGCUGCAAGCACAUUGAAUCGAAUUUUUACCGUCACUAUUAACUUAGCAGAUAACCAAACGUUCACCGGUCAAGCGCUGAAUGUUGAGAAGACAAUUUCUACUAGCUUAUUCACUAAUAUUAAGUUUAGCCUCAGUUGUGAGUCAGUGCUGGUUUCAAUUGAGUUUGAUCCAGUUGCCAAUAAAGUAGUUACGUGCUUUGGUAAUGACAAAACUCUGAUUCAACAAGUUGUUGAGGCUGUCACUCAGUAUAAUGCUUCGGCUCUAUUACUUGCCACGAAUUCCAUCGGAUCAACCAAUGGAUGUUAUGGUGUGAAAAUUCCAUGCAUUGAAGUCGACUACGAGACUGGAACAAAAAUGCAUAACUAUAUAGCUGCUAGAAGUAUCAGGGAACCUCUAAUAACAAUUGAGGCGACAAAAUCAGUAGUCAGUAACCAGAUCUCCCCUCAGAUUGCACUUUUCUCCUCUCGAGGGCCAAGUUCAGUCUCCCCUGCAAUUCUAAAACCGGAUAUAGCUGCCCCUGGUGUGCAUAUAUUAGCUCAGACCAGCCCGCUAUCUAACAACCAACAUGACAGCGAAGGAUAUGCAUUUAUGUCUGGAACUUCCAUGGCCACUCCUCAUGUAUCUGGAAUUGUAGCAUUACUGAAGGCUCUGCAUUCUGACUGGUCUCCGGCUGCAAUUAGAUCAGCUAUGGUUACAACUGCAUCAACGACUGACGCAACAGGAGGACCUAUAUUAGCCCAAGGGUUCCCACCUAAGAUUGCUGAUCCUUUUGACUAUGGUGGUGGUAUCGUUAACCCUAAUGGAGCAGCAGAUCCCGGGCUUGUCUAUGAUAUGUACAAAGAGGACUACAUCAACUAUUUCUGCGCCAUGGGGUAUGAUGCUCCCAAAAUUUCCAAAAUUAUCGGCGAAGAAAAUGUUAUCAACUGCCCACCUGCAGACCCAGGCUCUCUGUUAAACAUCAAUUUGCCAUCUUUCUCUGUACCUUAUCUAAUGGGGAAUUCUACUUCAGUUACCUUAAGAAGAAAAGUGACCAAUGUAGGACCCUUAUCUUCCACGUACAAGGUUUUGGUCGAGAACCCACCUGGUGUAACAAUUGCAGUAACACCUCCAGUGUUAGUUUUCACCCCCGUGAUUAGGAGAAUCUCAUUCGCUGUCACUGUAUUAUCCAACAAUGAUCACAUUCAACUGCCUGCUGGUGUGUACCAAUUUGGAUCUAUAACUUGGACUGACGGGGAUUAUCAUGUAAGGAGUCCGGUCUUAGUUAGAAGAUCUUCUUAGAGUGAUGUGAUCUGCCUUGGUUAUCUUGAUUAAUUCGGUAUUUGGUCCGGUACUAUCUACUACAAUAGUGUAUGUCUGUUUUAGAAAAAAAUGUUGUCAGCCUGCUGCUGGUCUGUCUUUGGAAUUAUCAAUGUGUUCCCUAAUCUGUAAUGUGUACCACUAUGCAUGACUUGCACAAAAAAGUGGCUGAAAGUGCAGUUUAAGUCUAAAUUUGUGUCGAAAGCUGACUUAAUAUUCUGGUACGUAGAGAUGCAGCUAUAUUACAGUGUCUAAAAUAUAAGAGCAUUAGUGAACAAGCUAAACAUGAAAGGUAUGCCUGUGUCGACGUCCUCAG